AUGGAAUUAUAUGCUCUUUAUGAGAUUGGCGUUGUGCGUGUUGAAGUGAAGACGGUUAAUGUAAAUUCAGAAGCAUUUAAAAAAAGUUUUCUCGGUGCACAACCACCAAUAUUAAUCGAAGACAAAGAUAAAACAUAUACGGAUAAUCGUGAAAUUGAAGGUCGUAUUUUUCAUUUGGCGAAAGAAUUUCAGAUUCCAUUAUUUGAAAAGGAUCAUAUUGUCGAAAAAACUAUCGAAAGUCUCUACAGAAAUUUUAAAUUGUUCUUACGUGCAAAAACCGAAUACGAUAAAGGAAAGAAAGUUCCAUCUCCAGUAGAAAGUCUUCCGUCUCAACAAGCAGCACCAUACAAUAAACUAGUUGAGCAGUUGACAAACAUCGAUGAGCUUCUAAGACAACGUAACACUCGUUAUUUAUUGGGUCAGAGCAUGACAGAAUACGAUUGCGAAUUGAUGCCACGCUUACACCAUAUGCGUAUUGUUGGUCAGCGACUGCUUGGAUUCGAUAUUCCACAUAAUCUAACAUAUUUAUGGAAUUAUGUGCUUACCGCUUAUCGUACUGCUGCUUUCAUUGAAAGUUGUCCGGCUGAUCAAGAUAUUCUUCAUCACUACAAGGAACAGUUAAAUUUGAUUACAAAUCUUCGUGAAACUUUACAAGCACCGACGAAAACGCAUACGAUUCCAGAAUCAGUGCUUGAUGAUAUUCAGCGAUUAGUUCAUGUAUAA